AUGCUCGUAGCUCAUUGGCUGACAACGACCUGCUGUGAAAUUGCAUAAUGAGCGGGAUAUCAACUUGACUGCGGGCUUCUUCAGGGCAUGCGCGAUUGUAGUUGGUUAUUUAAAGUUCUGGAGCAGUCUUAUAGUGAAGUGAGUUUUUAUAGGCAGGCCGAACCAUGAUAACUGUGGUGUUCACCAGCCUUUUAGCAGGACUGCUGGCGCUCCUCUUCUACCAGAGGAUGGCGUAUCCCUUUUUGUGGGUGGAUUUGAUGUAUUACUUCAAACUUCGGGGGUACAGGAAGACGUUAGAGGCUCGUAUGCGGAAAGGAGUCGUCACGUACCUCGACUGUUUUCUUUACCAGGCAAAGACGAACCCUAACAAACCCUUCAUCAUCUUCGAAAACCAGACUUUGACGUAUCAGGUCGUGGACAGGAGAAGUAACAAGUUUGCCAACGUGUUCAGGACGGAGGGGUCCCUGAAACAAGGAGACAUUGUUGCUCUGGGGAUGUUCAACGAACCGGAUUUUAUCUGUGUGUGGCUGGGACUAUGUAAACUGGGCUGUGAGGUCGCCUUUCUCAACGUUAACAUUAAAGCCAAGUCUCUGCUUCACUGCCUCCAGAGUUGUGGAGCCAAGACGCUUGUUGUUGGCGCAGAGUUGGUGCAAUUGGUGGAGGAAGUGCUACCUGAUCUUAAGGACAACAUGACUGUGUGGGUGGUGGACCACACAUCACCCUCUGAAGAUUUCAGCAGUUUAUUAGAUAAGCUGGAACACAUGUCUGGAGAACCCCUGAGUGACCCCCCUAAAGUUGACAUCAUGUCCAACUUUGUCUUUAUUUUUACUUCAGGCACUACAGGUCUUUCCAAGGCAGCCCGUGUAGGUCAUCUUAAAGCCAUUAUGAGUAUGGCCUUCUUGCAAAUGUGUGGAGCCACAUCUGAUGACAUCAUCUACAUCACUCUUCCUCUUUACCACAUGUCUGCUUCCCUGUUAGGGAUUGGAGGAUGCAUUCACUUAGGUGCAACAUGUGUGUUAAAAAAGAAGUUUUCUGCCAGUCAGUUUUGGAAGGACUGUGUGAAACACAAUGUGACUGUGGUUCAAUACAUCGGAGAGCUCUGUCGAUACCUGGUUAACCAUCCCACAGUUCCAGAGGAGAAAGCUCACAGAGUUCGGCUGGCAGCAGGAAGUGGUCUCAGGUCAGAUGUUUGGAUGGAGUUCGUCAAACGGUUUGGAAAGGUCAAGAUCAGAGAGGGUUACGGCUUGACUGAGGCCAGCAUCGGCUUCCUCAACUACACUGAUGAGGUUGGGGCAAUUGGUCGGGCGAGCUAUUUCAACAAGCUUUCCAUGCCCUUUCAGCUACUGAGAUAUGAUCCACAAACAUAUGAGCCAGUCCGAACAGCCUCUGGAAGAUGCAUACAAGCACAAAUAGGAGAGGCAGGGAUCCUUGUCGCUCCUCUCACAGCUAUGAACCAGUUCCUAGGCUAUGCAGGGAACAACAUCCUGUCUGAGAAGAAGCUGCUCAGGAAUGUUUUCAAAGCUGGUGAUGUCUAUUUCAACACCGGAGACCUCCUGCUCCAUGAUUACAGGGACUUUCUUUACUUCCGUGACCGCAUAGGAGACACCUUCAGGUGGAAGGGAGAGAAUGUUUCUACCACAGAGGUGUCAGAUGUUUUAGGUCUUCUUGAUUUUAUCCAGGAGGCCAACGUCUAUGGAGUCACCAUACCAGGAUAUGAAGGUCGAGCAGGUAUGGCUGCUAUUGUCUUAAAACCGGCUCACAAAUUAAAUGGGACAAAACUCUACAACCAUGUAGUAAAAACACUUCCUGCAUAUGCCUGGCCAUGGUUUCUCAGAAUACAGACCUCUCUGGAUGUGACCGAGACCUUCAAGCAACAGAAGGUGAAACUGGUCCACGAGGGUUUUAAUCCGGACGUCACCAAUGAUCCACUGUAUUUCUUAGAUGUCUCUAAGAAGGACUAUGUUCUCCUGACUUUAACUCUAUAUCAAGACAUUGUGUCUGGAAAGACACAUUUAUGAACAGUUAAAGGCAGAAUGAGUCUAAUGUUCUAAACACAACAUUCCAAGCCCUCCCUCCUUCUGGACUCCUGGACUUGUUGUGCAUGAUCUGGUACCUAGUUGCUACAUUUUUACAGAAUCCUGCCUUUAUACCCUGUGCAAUGUUAUUGGCUGGGCGGGCUAUACACCCACUUACCUAAGGUUGAUGUCCAGAAGCGUCCUGAAUCGAGUAAAAUAAAAUAAAAAAUACAUGCAGAGGACUGGGUCUCUGUAGAUGCACCCCGCAGCACAGUGCUAGUGGUUCAUACGUGAUGAUUGAAUCCAUGUUGUGGCCACAUUUCCAUUUUUCUGUAUUUAAUCCUGGAUUUUUGAUCAGUUACCACAGUGAGGAGUAUAAUUUAAAAAUGUUGGGAUUUUUAAAUUGCAACCCUUAAAACUGCCUUCUCUUCCCUUAUUCCCAGUUUGCAUACAUGUAUGUCAAUGAAUUGUGAACAUUUAACCAACAUUUUCCUCAGAUUGUUGAAUAAUAUCUAUCUGUCCGAAGAGGUAACAUUGUCCUGUAUUUCACACUGAAAGAAGUCGAAAUGUAACUGUGGAGCAGAAAAAAGUUUUUCCUGCUUUCUUAAUCUGUUAAACAUUCACCUACACUCAGUGUAUACGGUGUGUGCAAGCACACUGCAUAUAACUGUGACAUUUCUUUUUUACACUUUUUAGUUUAUUGUUUUACAAACAUUGAAAGGGAAUUAGAAUUUUUAAUAAUUUGACAACUCUUAAUUUUUCACUGUAAAAUUAGUUACCGUAGCUUUUAAUAACUUUAAUCUUAUCUUAUUAAUAUUAAAGCCAAGUUUUUAUUUCAGAUGUUCCCUGUUUUGUAUGUAAGUAUAUUUAAUCAUCUUUUUGUAAGAAGCCUUCCUGUGUCCUUGCUGUAUGAUUACAUGUUAUCUUGGCAUGAAUAAGGUAUCAUUUAUUACACAAGUAUGUCCAUUUUCACAGCACUUAUCAAUCAGUACAACAACAGGAUCUUUUACAACAGUUUGUGAUAACAUUGUUAGUAUGCUUUUCAACAAAUCACCUGAAUCGGGUGUUUUUCAGCUUGAGGACAGAAAAUUCUAUAGGACAAAACUGAUGCAGAUCUACACUCUUCAUAUAUUAUAUUGUUAUAUAAUUUAAUUGCAUCAGAUGUUCUGUCAAUGAAAUUUGUAAACUGUGGUUUUGUUGUCCUGUUCUGUGAGAGGGAUCCCUGUUCUGUUGCUCUUCCUGAGGUUUUGUCUAUCUUUUUCCCUUGUUAAAAGGUUUAUUUUUUUCUCAUCAUAGCAAGUUUUUCCUCACUCUUAGGACUGAGGAUGCUGUUCACUGUACAGAUUGUAAAGCCCAGUGAGGUGAUUGUGAUUUUGGGCUAUAUGAAUAAAAUUGAUUUGAUUUAGAUUUAGAAUGCUGGGAGAUUUAACGCCUUUUUUAACUUAAGUUUUGACUGUACUGUGUCAUCAAAGUCAAAGUGGACAAAGAGGAGGCAAACAGCUUACAGUCAGCCAUUUUUGUACUACAAAGCAGGGUUUUAAAGUAAGUAAGUAAUUCUUGGUUAUAUUUGGGAGCUUUGACAGUGGUUCACUUAGCGGGGUACAUAUGCUUGAGGUAACAGAACAACACAUAUAAAAGCACUGCCUUCCGUUCUGAGGCCCCCUACAGUCGCCGUCUUCUUCCAGUUUGCACUAAGCAGUGUCAAAUGCAUUAAAUUGUGCUUUUUAUACCAGUUAUCAUCUUACAAGAGACAGACUGAAGCACCGAAGCCUUGUACUUGUUUUAACAUAUGAAAGUACUUUAUAUAUUUAUUUUUUUAUUUGUUCCCAAGUCUGUUUUUGUCAGCUGUCCUACAGUGUUGCUUUUAGCCUGGACUGUGUGUUUGACUGGUAUUUGUCUGACAUUAUAGUUUGUUCUUCUUUAUGAAAUAUUGCGCUCUGCUUUCGUUCGUCUUGUCCAUGUUUGUGAUUGAUCUGUCACAAACACCUCCCCUUUUAUGUGAAUGCACUUAUGGCCAAUUUUGGAAAACCUUGGUUGACUUAUCAAGUUGAUAACCAAUUUUAUGUGACUGUGAAGCCAGACAAUGAAAAAACAUCCUGGCUAUGUUGAACCUGUUUUGUAGUACAGGCCUGAGGCAUACAUGAUUCAGGUUGAACUGAGUUUGAAAUUAAUUGUAUAAUGAAUCUCAAGGUGGCAGUUGCCAAAGUCAUUCUCCAAAUGCCACACCCCUGAAAGCAUAUCUGAAAUGGAACAUGCUGUAGACUUCUAAUACACAGCGGCUACAAGAGCUAUACAUUCGACUCACCUGUACAGUCACAUGAAAAAGUUUGGGCAUCCCAGGCAAUUGCCAUUAUUUUCAUUUAUAAAUCCAUCAAAUAACUGAUGGACACAGUGAUAUUUGUGAAACAAGGUUUAUUGGAUUAACAGAGAAUGUGCAAUAUGCAUCAAAAUUAAAUUAAACUAAACUAAACAGGUGCAUUAACAUAAAUAUUUAGUAGAGCCUCCAAAAAUAACAGCUUCUCGGCGGUUCCUAUAGCCUCUCAUGAGUGUCUGGAUUCUGGAGGAAGGUAUUUUGGACCAUUCCUCCUGACAAAACAUCUCCAGUUCAGUAAGGUUUAAUGGUUGUCAAGCAUGGACAGCCCACUUCAAAUCAUCCCACAGAUUUUCAGUGAUAUUAAGGUCUGGGGACUGGGAUGGCCAGAUUUUGAGCAGUGUUUUGGGUUGUUGUCUUGUUGAAAUAUCCAGCCGUAACUUCAACUUUGUGGCUGAUUCUUGAUCAUUAUUCUUGAGGAUUUGUUGUAGGUCUUUGGAGGUGGUCUGUGGGUUGAUAUCUUUCAUCGUCUGCCCUUUCUGGCCCUAACAAGAACUGUGCCUGUGGUCAUCCAUUUCCUCACUAUGUUCCUCACAGUGGAAACUGACACCUGAAAUCUCGGAGAUAGCUUUUUGUAGCCUUCCCCUAUACCAUAAAGUUGAAAAAUCAAAAAACAGGUUUUGAGGUCAUUUGAGAGUUGUUCUGAGGCUGGCACGUUGCCACUCUUCAGAGGACAGCCAAAGAGAAGAACAACUUGCAAUUGGACACCUUAAAUACCGUUUCUCAUGAUUGGAUGCAUCUGUUAUGGCUUAAUGAGCUCACCAAACCAAUUUUGUCUUGCAAUUAAUCAGGGCUAAGUAGUUACAGGUAUUCAAAUCAACAGAAUGACAAGGGUGCCCUAAUUUCUGCACAGCCUAUUUUUCAUGUCUAAUUUCAUGUCAUUCGUUUGAUAUUGCUACACUAAUAAUCUUUGUCUGGAAAAUACCCAGUACUCAGCUUUUAUUAGAAGAUGAAUGGUAUGCCACAGUGAACAUUUUCUGUGAAGACUGAGUAAAUAAUUAUGCAGCCUCAGAGGGGUGCCUAAACUUUUUUAUACCACUGUUAUAGGGAUAUAAAUAUAUACCAAUUUAUUGCAACGUUAUUGCAAAAAAAAAAAAAAAAAAAAAAAAACCUUGUGGGACUGUGACGAUAUCUACAAACCUUUUGUGAUUAUUUUGCUGAUAAAGUUUGUGAACCUUGCAAGGCAAAUCAGUAUGAAAGCAUAUUUCUUGUGUCUCCUUGUCAUUGUAUGGUCAUACUGCUCAAGAAGAGAGACUUGCCUUAAAACCCGCCACACUCCA